AUGGAGCAGCUCGGUAACCGUCUCUGCCGGUAUAAGAACUAUAACUUUCUCUCCAGUUACACAACUGCAGAGUACAUAGACUCUCUUCAGAGUUUUGAAAUAAGAGACAGCGAUGUGUUCCUCGUGUCUUAUCCAAAAUCAGGCACCAUAUGGGCUCAGCAGAUCAUCACUUCAAUCUAUGAGUUGGAUGGGCAUGUGAAUGAAUAUUUUACCAACUCACAGAAGAUGCCAUGGCUGGAGUACAGAUGGGGUUCAUACACUCGUCGCCCCUCUCCACGGCUCUUCACAUCACAUCUCUCCCAGGUUCUCAUGCCUCCAGGACUGAUGGACAAGAAGGGAAAGAUUGUGUAUUUGAUGAGGAAUCCAAAGGACAACAUGGUGUCUUACUAUCACUUCAGCAACAGCUUUGCAGACCUUGAGACCCCUCAGAGCUUUGCUCAGUUUUUCGAGUGGUACCUGACGGGAAACGUACUAGCAUCAUCCUGGUUUGAUCAUGUCAGGGAGUGGUAUUCAAACAGAGAGCAGUACAACAUCCUCUUCUUGACCUACGAGGAAAUGAUUUUGGACCUGAAAGGAUCAGUGAAGAAGAUCUGCAACUUCUUAGGGAAAAACCUGACUGAAGCUGCUAUCAGUCAUGUUGUGGAAAAAGCUAAGUUUGAGAACAUGAAGAAUGACUCGAAAGCAAACUAUGAGCACCUUCCACCAGAGCAGUUCAGUGGGAAAUUCCUGCGUAAAGGUCAGAUUGGAGACUGGAAGAACACACUGACUGUUGCACAGAGUGAAAGAGUGGAUCAAGUCCUUCAGGAGAAACUUGGUGAUUUGCCUUUGAGGUUCAUCUGGGAAUAAGCAGAGCAGCUCUUCAGGGUCUCCCAGUAAAAAUACUGGCAGUGGCAUGUUGUACACCUCAGGCCUCCUAGUAGAUAUACCUGUGUUAUCACACUCACAAGAUUUUCAGUAAACUUCAUCUCUGUCUUGAGGCCACUGAGAUUUAUACUCACCCAACACUUUUAGUAGAUACACCUGUUAUCAAUUUGAAAAUCCUGUGUGGCUUCAUUCUCGAGUUAUCACAUUUACAAACUUGGGUGUCCACCUGUCCGUUCAUUAGGGUGACAAAAAUAUCCCAUCAGUGUUGUAAAAAAAAAGUAAUAGUAACUGUUAUUCAAAUAUUAAGUAAAUUCAUUUUCUUCUUUUAUGAAAAAAAUCAAACAACCAUCAGACUUGUCCUUUGCAAACAAUUUCCCGAGUUUAUGUUCAGUCACUUGCUUCAGAUUAUAUUUGAGCAUCUUCUGACUACUCUGCCCAUGAGCAAGCAGUUUUCAGUCACAUCCACUCCUUGUUUAUCAAGCUCAGUGUUGUGUCCGUUGUGCUCAGCUAUAAAAUGCUUUAUGACAUGUUUUGAACUUCAGUACAAGAAAUAAAACACAAGACAUUAAAGGUAGUUGUAUAAUCUGCUAUUGCCUUUAUUGAAUGUCAAAAGGAAUUCACUUGUUUCUCAGUGAAGGAUCAAGGCUGUUUUGGUCACUGAAGCUGACUCCACACUUCAAUUAUCAUCAUCUGAAAUGAAAAGGGUUCAACAUAAGUGCAAGAAGAAUCUGAUUUAUGAACAAUGAACACUCAAAAACCAAAGACACACAAACUUUGGAAUUUAUAAUUUAAAAAAAAAAGUGCAGACAAACGCAUUUCUUCACCCUGGAAUUGAAUUAUUUCAUUUACAGCAUUUGAAAGAUGAGCUGUUAAAAAAAACAUUAAAAUGUUUCUUUGAGGUUA